UUUGCAGAAACACAAAGACGUCUGGACAAACGGAGGCACACUGUGAUCACACCAACACUGAGCCUGUGACGAUGUGGUCAGGGCGUACGUGGGCUUUCCUGGCCCUGCUUGUGUCCAUUGGUCCCCUGGAGGCGGAAGUGGUGACGUCCAUAUCGGACUGUGCACAGUUUUUCCUGGAGGAGACUCCGCCCCACAUCCCGGGAAUUUUGGAAGACGGGAACAUCCUGGACCAGAACCGCUACAAACCCAUUUGUCAGACUUACAAGUCAGAAAGAAGGUUUGUGACGCUCUACGACAUCAGCAACAAGAUUCCAGUGUUUUCCGCCUACAAGUACAUUGGGAACCGUACAGGAAGACCCAAACAAAACUGGCAGAUAGAGCCCCAGCUUGAGGACGAAAUGACAGACGAAAGCAAUGCGGUCUACAUGAACCAGGCUGGGAACAACGAUUACAAAAACCAGUUAGACCUUGAUAGGGGCCACUUAUUCCCAAGUUCUCAUGCCUUCACUACAGAUGAUAAAAAAUCUACCUUCAUCCUGACCAACAUUGUUCCACAAGCAGGAAGUUUUAACAAGAACAGCUGGAGUAAAAUGGAGAGCUGCGUCAAGUGUGUGUUGGAAAAAUACUGCAUCAACACCAAUGCACGUCAUGAAGGCUUUGUGGUUACUGGGGCGCAGCCCAGCACCAACAACUUCCUCAACAACAAGAUCAACAUCCCCUCCAUGCUCUGGUCAGCAUUUUGCUGCUACAGUUCCAGUUUGAACAGAUGGAUAGCAAGCGCACACUGGGGUGACAACGUUCCAGAUGAACACACCAAUAAAUAUCUGACGACCAGAACCCUGGAAGAGCUCCAUCAAACACUGAGCAGGUUCAACCCAGGAUUUGAGGUGUUCCCUCAAACACGUUGUCCUCUUCACACAACUGUUGCUGAGUUUUAUUCAGCCAUUAAUGAGGAAAAUAACAAAUGUGACUGCCUCCCCACUGCUUCAACCACCUCUGCCCCUUCCACAACCACCUCUGCCCUUUUGUCUACCACUGCUUCAACUACGUCUGCCCCUUCCACAACCACUUCUACGACUACAACAACUACUACCAGCCCCACUAAGAAACCAAGGAAGAAUAAGAUGGAUACAAAGACAAAGAAGGGGGGAGCACUAAGAAUAGCUUCAGCAGUUUUUGCGUGA